CCUUCCUGGUCGCCCAUGGAGGAUUCCUUAGAUACGACCUAGCUGCCCAGCCCAGGCAUUCCCCUCCCCCUACACCAACGCACCCUCGCUUUUCCCCAUUCCCAUCCCCGAGUCGCAAAUCGAAAGGUAGAUAUUUCAGUUGUAAUCGUCAUAUCUCCUCACCCUAUUGGAAGCCGCCUCCCUCCGCAAAAAUUCCUAUAAAAAAUGGGUGGAGCCAUCACCCACGCCGCCAAGAUCCUGUCCUCUUGCGCGGCCAGCUCGUAGCUCCACGCCGGAUUAGAUAAAGCGGCCAAUCUUUUCCCCAGCUCGUCGCCCCCUUUUCUUUUGGCAGGGUUGCAUCUUCCCCCAUGUGACACCUGAGAAAGUGAGUGCACCGAUUUCUUCCCCUUAUCGCUGUUGUUUCUUGUUUCUGGUCGUGGGUUCGUCAUAGAUAAACCUCCCAUAAAGCUUCGUUUCUCGGCUGUCGAUCUCAUCGGCAGGGUUCGCUUGCUUUCCCCGCUCCAAGAUCCCUAGCUUCCCCUGUUCUUCCGCCGCCAAUCCGCGGAAAUCCCUGGGCGAGGCGCAGAAAUUUGCAGCGAGGGAUUUUCCGAGAAGAGGUUUUCCUUCCCUGCUGCGGCGGCCUCUGUACGAUUCUUGAUCUGGGGAGUACACCUGUGGCGCGCCAAUGCAGCAGGACCCGAGCGAGAACGCCAAUGCCAAGGCGAAGCUGCCGCAGCCGGUGACGGCGCCGGCGCCGUCGUCCGGGCGGCCGGCGUCCGUGCUGCCGUACAAGACGGCGAACGUGCGGGACCACUACCGCAUCGGCAAGAAGCUGGGGCAGGGGCAGUUCGGCACCACCUACCAGUGCGUGGGCAAGGCCGACGGUGCCGAGUACGCGUGCAAGUCCAUCCCCAAACGCAAGCUCCUGUGCCGGGAGGACUACGAGGACGUCUACCGCGAGAUCCAGAUCAUGCACCACCUCUCCGAGCACCCCAACGUCGUCCGCAUCCGCGGUGCCUAUGAGGACGCGCUCUUCGUGCACAUCGUCAUGGAGCUCUGUGCCGGUGGCGAGCUCUUCGACCGCAUCGUCGCCAAGGGCCACUACAGCGAGCGCGAGGCAGCAAAGCUCAUCAAGACGAUAGUUGGGGUGGUGGAGGGGUGCCACUCGCUUGGUGUCAUGCACCGGGACCUCAAGCCGGAGAACUUUCUAUUUGCCAGCACCUCUGAGGAAGCCCCGCUCAAGGCCACUGACUUUGGGCUCUCCAUGUUCUACAAGCCCGGUGAUAAAUUCAGUGAUGUUGUUGGGAGCCCCUACUAUGUUGCACCAGAGGUACUACAGAAAUGCUAUGGUCCAGAAGCUGAUGUUUGGAGCGCAGGGGUGAUUCUGUACAUUUUGCUUUGUGGUGUCCCCCCAUUUUGGGCAGAAACUGAGGCGGGAAUCUUCAGGCAGAUUCUGCGAGGCAAACUUGAUUUUGAAUCUGAACCCUGGCCAAGUAUCUCUGAUAGUGCUAAGGAUCUGGUCCGUAAUAUGCUUACUCGGGAUCCUAAAAAGAGAUUUAGUGCUCAUGAGGUUCUUUGUCACCCAUGGAUCGUUGAUGAUGCUGUGGCACCUGAUAGACCUAUUGAUUCUGCUGUUUUGUCAAGGUUGAAGCAUUUUUCGGCAAUGAACAAGCUCAAGAAGAUGGCAUUGAGGGUUAUUGCUGAAAGCCUGUCUGAGGAAGAGAUUGGGGGCCUCAAGGAGCUGUUCAAAAUGAUUGAUACAGACAAUAGUGGUACUAUAACAUUUGAUGAGCUGAAAGAUGGCUUGAAAAGGGUAGGCUCAGAAUUAACAGAGAACGAAAUCCAGGCUCUAAUGGAAGCAGCUGAUAUUGACAACAGCGGUACAAUUGACUAUGGUGAAUUCAUUGCAGCUACGUUGCACAUGAAUAAGCUGGAGAGGGAGGAAAACUUGGUUUCAGCAUUCUCAUUUUUUGACAAAGAUGGAAGUGGCUUUAUAACCAUUGAUGAGCUGUCACAAGCAUGCCGUGAAUUUGGUCUUGAUGAUGUUCACCUUGAGGAUAUGAUUAAAGAUAUUGACCAGAACAAUGAUGGGCAAAUUGACUACAGCGAGUUCACGGCAAUGAUGAGGAAGGGGAAUGCUGGUGCAGCAGGAAGGAGAACCAUGAGGAACAGCUUGCACUUGAAUCUUGGCGAGCUCUUGAACCCCAGCAAAACCUAGCGCAUGCAGGAAGGCCUUGCUGGGUACAUUCUCAUGGCGUCUGAAGUUUUGGCGCGUCAUCGACUUGCUAUCAACUGGUCUAGUAUGAGACGUUGAGUGGCUAUCCUGUGGUAUUACUGAGGUGCUGGAGGAUUUUCGUAGUACUGGUGGUAUCAGCUAGAGAAGAGAGAUGGUACACUGUGGUUACUAUAAUCAACUGCUUAUAUGUAUUACUGUGUCCAUGUAGAUUGAACAUUGUCUAAAAUCUUCCCUAGAAGUACAACUUCUUUGCUGUUAAGUUUCAAUUUAGGUUGGUAUUAAAUGGCACUUUCUAGCUCUAAA